AUGUUUACUGAUCUACCAUCUAAGACGUCGGUUGGGAUAUUUAUAUCGUGCCUAGCACUCCUCAGCGCCUCUGUCACCGCCCACUUCCAGAGUGAGCCUCUCCGCUACUCGUCAGGUGAUUCAGAGGCUAGCAAGCCACUCGCAUUCAAACAGCUACCUCCAGAAAUAUUACUGGAUAUACUAGAAUUUGCACUUCCUCCCACUGUCUUUCUGGAUGCGUCCUUGGCUUGCGGACCUUUGUCUGCCUGGUGCCGGGCGCAACGAACCAAGAAAUCUUUAGUUCUCGUCUGCAAAUUUCGGCGAGAGAUCGGUACCCCUCUGCUAUACCGAGAAAUACAUCUUCGCCGCAUCGGACAAGUCGCAGCGCUUCUCAGUACUUUGCAGGACAAUACGCGACUUGGUGAGAUGAUCACGGAUAUCAAUGUAUCUUGCUGUGUGAUGUCCCAGCAGUACCUUGUGAUGUUCGACGACGCCCUUCAACGCAUCUUGGGGAUGAGCCCAAACGUUACGCGAUUAUCGCUAAGUAUGGGUAUCCGCGACCUCAUGGAUAUCCACGACCUGUUGGUACCCUCUAUGCGCCAGUAUGACCUCUCGAAAGUAGUCCAUCUUGACGUUCAAGUUGGAAACAAGCAUUUGUCAGACAUUCUUCUAUGCCUUCCGCAGUGCAAAAGUCUCACCAUCUUGUCUCUGUCCUUUGAUACCUGCGACAAAGAUUACGUCAAAUAUCUUACCCUCGAACACCUCCAAGAAUUUCAGAUUACCGUCAUGUGGUCCUGUCUCCGCGAAUUAGACUUCCUUGACGAAAUCGCUCAGAAGUGGAAACUGCCCUGCCUUUGCCGUUUCACGAUGUAUGAAUGGCGACCCAAACCAUCUCACUGGCAGGUCUCACGGUACCCUCAAAUUUUUGGAUGUACACGGCAAACGCCUGACGACACUUCCAUAACUGCUCCCCUGGACUACGAGUACCCUGUUGAACCUCCUCUGCACUUGCAAUCUGUUCAGUUGGUUCUAGACCGCUGCCCCGCCCUGAAGCACCUUGCGUUAUUCCCACCUAUGACUGAAUUCACAGGCUCCCAUGAACCCCUUCUGGCCAUGCAAAAUAUCCAAAUGCUUGUAGACCACUGUUCCUCACCUAUGCAUCGGAUAUCUUUGUCGCACAAGACUUUGCGGUGGAUGGAUAUUUGGGCGACGUGGCACCCCUCCGCCCCCGAUCCCAAUGCCAUACAGGUAUCAUGGAAGUCUCAGUGCUUUCCGCAACUCCAAGCCAUUAGGUUAUUGGAUUGGGCCCUACUCAGGACUACAGGGCCACGCCUCCACCUCGUCAUUCCUCCUAACUUGGUGCAGCACCACGAGACCUUGCAGUGGCGUUUUCCAGGGGUCCACGUCCAGCAUGAUGCAGGGCAUAUAUAUAAGCGGGACAUGGAUUAUGUCUCAUCUUAUGUGGCCGCUUGUGCUGGUCAUGAAUUAUUGCGAAACAUAGACAACGCCGGCGUUGAUUCAAUGUCAGGGGACUCUGACUCUGACAGUGAUGACGAGACUUUCGAGAACGCCUCCUCAGUAUCAUAUUCAGCAUAUGACAGCGAGGAGGGAGAUCUAGAGACGGUCCCGAUUCGUUACUAUGAUCCAGAGAAAUAUCUCGAGGACAAAACGAACGUAGACUUCGAGACUGCAUUGCAGACUUAUCGGGACAUGUUGGGCACAUAA